UAUACCCACCAUAAAUGAGUUACACUUCAAUAAAUUACUUGCCUUCUAAUUGAUAUAAGUUUUUUUUUUUACACAAAAUUCGUGUUAAAUUAAAAAUUAAGACUUCUCCGUAGGUACGAUUAUUGUUAUGUUAUUCGUAAUUUGUGUUGAAAAGAAAUCUCUAUAUUAUAUAUCCAACUGGCCAUUCUGUUUCCGGCGUGAUCGGCGGCGCAGAACAAGCAGCGGCGUCAGACGAUGGCCGCGUACGGCGUGUACGGUAACGGCAAUUGCGGCGGUGACGUUUACGCGCACGGUGACGACACCGAUCUAUAUCACCAAGUGGUGGUGCUCUCGAAACCGGACGGCUCGUGCGUGCGGAGCCAGGCCAACGGUAGCGGUGCCGGCGGCGGCCCAGGUGGUGUCGGCGGCGGCCUGGGCGUCGGCGGCGGCGGUGGCGUCAUCGCAGAAACGGUCAACGGACGGUACAACGGCGAACACCCGCACCAACAGCAGCCGUAUGACUCUGCGCGCGGCGGCGGCACCGGUGCCAGCGGUGGGGGCGUCGGUGGCCAGCGCCGUCACCGCCGGUCGUUCUGGUGCCGGACCACGACGUUGGCCACCAUCAGCGCUUUGCUGGCCACGAUGUUUUGCGUGACAUGCGUUGUUUUCAUCUACUACAACUAUGUUUUAAAUUGGUCUCCGAAGACUGUGGCUCUACAAGUGGGAAGGACGGACCCUUGUCGGUUGGUGAAGUGCCUGCACGGCCAGCGAUGCGUCGUGGACAAGGCGAGUGCGCAAGCGCGCUGCGUGUGCUCAGAGGACACGAAAUGCCACGGUGACGACAGCGGAGACGGUGCCGGCGGACCUGUCUGCGGCAACGACUGGAGAGACUAUCCGAGCGCUUGUCACGUCAGAAAGGCGUCGUGUGCGUCGGGCCGGAGCAUAGCGGUCAAAUACCGAGGGCUGUGCGAUCCGUGUGACUAUGUAUCGUGUGAAGAACCCGAAAUAUGUCGUUUGGACUACGAGAGGCGUGCCAGGUGCGUGUGCUCGGAAUUUUGCGGCGAAGACUUCAUUCCGGUGUGCGGGUCCGACGGUCGGACUUAUACGAACGAAUGCUUUCUACGGCGGCAGGCGUGUCGGAUGAUGCCAGGUCUGAGAAUUGUCUUCCACGGCCAAUGCGACCAGGGCGUAAACCCGUGUCUGAACUUCACGUGUUGGGAAGGAUCACGUUGCGCGAUCGAUCGUCUGGGCAUUGCCGAGUGCCGUUGUCCGGAGCCCACACUUUGCGAAACCUCGGUAAGACCAGUUUGCGGCACAGACGGUUAUACUUAUGAGUCCAAAUGCCUCUUGGAACGGAUCGGUUGCAGCAAGAGGUCCGGCGUCACGGUGGCGUACGACGGACAUUGUGGGGACGCGAAUCCGUGCAACGGGUACUUGUGUAACUCUGGGGCCACUUGUAAAGUGAGAGACGGAAAAGCUGCCUGCGAAUGUCCUUUAUGUUCUGAACACCACGAGCCCGUUUGCGGCACCGACGGUAACACGUAUAGUAACGAGUGCAAGUUGAAGUACCACAGCUGUCAGCAGAAGCAAAUAAUCGAAGUGUCCCAUAGCGGAGCAUGCAACGACUGUACGAAAAUGAAUUGUCAGUUUCACUCGGUUUGCGAAAGCGAUGGGAUGGAGGCAAAGUGCGUCUGCCCGACGUUCAAAUGUGCAAACGCAAGCGGUAAAGUUUGCGGUACCGACGGUAUUACGUACACAGACCUUUGUCAUCUACAAAACGCUAGUUGUGCAACAAGGAAGAAAAUAUUCGCUGCCUACGCGGGUGAAUGCGGGUCGUGUCACGAUCAGAAAUGCAACUGUCCCGAAACAUGCGUGGACACGAAAUCAAAAGAACCCGUCUGCGGAUCCGACUUGAUCACCUACAACAGCGAAUGCGAGCUCCUCCAACAGUCGUGCGUAAAAAACGGAACACACAAUUUGACGAUUCUGUUCUACGGGGACUGUAAAGAAUCUUCAUCCAUAGGUAAAAUUUUAAAACCUCACGGUUCGGUAGAAAACAGCGUUUACAGUAACAGCAACGACGUGUGCAAAGAUAUUAAAUGCGACUACGAUGCCACCUGUGAAGUCGGACCCGACGGAUUUCCUAGGUGUUCGUGUAUAUUUAACUGUUCGACCGACACUUCACCCGUUUGCGCAUCAGACGUUCGCACUUACAAUUCGUUAUGUCUAAUGAAAAUGGAAGGGUGUCAAAGGCAACAAGAACUCCGAUUAAGGCCCAUGGAAUUGUGCCAAGGUAUGGAAGUUAAACCUUGUAACGGUAAGAAACCCUUGAUGAACCAUUUAAAUGGGAAAGAGUUGGACUGCGGCCACGGUCCCGACAGGCAAGAUUGUCCAUCGGCAAGUUAUUGUCAUCAAACAUCUAGGUUUGCUAAGUGCUGUAAUAAAUCUGACCGAGAUACAACAAUCGUUUCGGAUAGUUGUCAAAACUCUUCUUACGGUUGUUGCCCUGACAAAAAGACUCCGGCAAAAGGACCAAAAAACCUAGAUUGUCCUUUGUCAUGCAAUUGCAAUAAAUUGGGGUCGAUAUCAGAAGAGUGUGUCGAUAAAAAAUGCUUGUGCAAAUCAGGUGUUGGCGGAGAAAAGUGUGAUCGGUGUGAACCCGGAUAUUGGGGAUUACCAAAAAUAUCAUCAAAUCAUCAAGGGUGUAUGCCUUGCGGUUGUUCUUUGCUGGGUUCAGUUCGAGAUGACUGUGAACAAAUGACCGGACGUUGCGUUUGCAAACCAGGAGCCAUAGGGCCAAAGUGCAAUAAAUGUGAAGAUAGUUCUAAAAUUUUAAACCCUGCUGGAUGUGUUUCACCUGACAUGGCAAUGCAAAAUUUAACAUCUUGUAGUCAACUCGUUUGUUAUUAUGGCGGUGUGUGCGAGAUGAACAACGACAAACCGUCGUGUGUAUGUCGGGCAACAUGUGCCGAGGACGCGAUACGUACAACUUUGGUGUGUGGUAGUGAUGGACAAACGUAUAGUUCCGAGUGUCAACUGAAAUUGUAUGCGUGUCGCUAUCAAAAAGACAUAGUCGUCAAGUCGCAUACAUCGUGUAAAGACGAAAAUCUCAUACCCGGUACGGAAGGUCCGAAAUUCACCGAACCCCAGGACAUAGUCAUAUCGAAGUCAACGCGGCAUCUGUUAUUUUCCGAACUGCCGAAUUUCACUUACAACACAUCUGGUGGCUACGAAGUCGAUAUCAUACCCGAAGUCCAAGACCUGACCGGGAGAACGACAUCGGAAUCUACCGAUCGGGAAAUGUCACUCUGUAACCCAAAUCCGUGCCAGAACGGCGGGGAAUGCGAGGUACUAGAUUCCGGCGGUUUCCAGUGCCAUUGCCCUGCCACCCACAGUGGCACCGUUUGUUCCAAUCUGGAGGAAAUCAAAGAACACAAAUCGGCUGCGUUUAAUGGUCAUUCGUACGUCCAAUUAAAAAAAUUGAAAGCAUACCACAGGUUUAGUUUGGAAAUGGAAUUUAAAAGCUUUUCGGACGACGGAAUUCUGUUAUACGACCAACAGCAACCUGACGGCUCUGGAGAUUUCAUAUCGAUAGCAAUAGUCAAUAAGUUUGUCGAAUUUAAAUACAAUCUGGGAAACGGGGCCGUGGUCUUGACGUCUGUACACCCGAUAACGAUUGGCACUCGGCACAAGAUCGUAGCCAAACGAUAUCAAAAAGACGGUCUGUUGCAAUUCGAAAAUCACGAGCCGGUUAGAUCCGUGUCCAUGGGGUCGCUGAGGUCGCUGGACCUGAACGACAAUGCGUACAUUGGAUACGUCCCGAUCGUGCACCAAAAGAUAUUCGAAAACAUUGGUGUGAAAUCGGGAUUGAUCGGAUGCGUGCACAGUGUGAAAAUAGGACGUUACUCUAUAAACUUGUUGGGAUUCGAAGACGGCGAUUUGGUGACGAACUCAGAAGGCGUAACGGAAUGUCAAAAGAGUUGUUCAAAUGGCACGUGCGCCUGUACAGGCAAUUCGUGCUACGAUGACAUGGCCUGUUCGUCAGAGCCCUGCAGCUUCGGAUCUACUUGCGAGUCCUUGCCGGGCGGCCGAUACGCCUGUUUUUGUCUACCAGGACUGACAGGUGCCAACUGUGAUAAAUUCGAGUACGGUCUGACCAAAUACUUUUCACCGGAAUUCAACGGCAAGAACUCUUUUCUCAGCAUACCUCUGACCGAAGACCUCCGCAGGACCACUCGUCUAGAACUGUGGUUCGGAACGACUUCCGACACGGGCUUGUUGCUGUACAGUGGUCAAUCGUACACGGGACAAGGGGAUUUCAUUUCCGUUUACUUGUCGGACGGCCGUGUGAGACUCACCUACGAUUUGGGCAACGGAAAGACGAAUAUCACCACCGAUGAGAAGAUUGUUUUUCUGCCUCAAUGGAAUUUGCUGAAAAUCAAAAGAUUCGACAACCAGGCUUCCAUUCAGCUGAACAACGGCAACGUUACCACUAUCAGCUCCAGUUCCCCACUUGUCGAAUUGAACUUGGAACUGCCGCUGUACAUUGGUGGUGUACCUCACACCAUUCUGUUAAACCAAGAGUCGAUCGCCAACAAACCUUUCAACGGCAUCGUCCAGAGGGUAAUACUCAACGAAAAAACGUGUAACCUAUCGUCGGGUCUUAGCCAGGAGGUGGUGCCCUAUAGAGGUGCUCCUUGCGGUUACGCGCCGUGUCUGAACGGCGGCACGUGCUUUCCGGUUCUCUCUAGAUUUUUAUGUCAUUGUGGUCCACAACACUUCGGCCCGUUGUGCGAACACUCAACACACGUAUAAAUCAUAAUCGCCAUCCGGAAAGGAGCUAACAAUGUUCUACGAAGCAACCGGCUGAGCUCAAUAAUCGAUUUCUGGUAAAUAAAUAUUGUACAUAAAGAGAAAAGACUAUUCGUUGGAGCUCAAAGAUCCUCUUCGAUUCAAGUUUGUAUUUUCUUUAGGAUUUAUUUUAGAACCGUCAAUAAUUUCUAUGCAAUUAAGUUCCUAGAAAUGUUUUCUUUUAUACUCAACCCUAAGUUUAAUACAUGUAUAGAUGAUGUGUACAUUUAUCGAACAAUUGAUUUUAGCAUUAAGACAAUAUUUUUAUGUACGCGUUUAUACUUGUAAAACAAUAAUACAUAAAUACUUUAAAAUUGUGAAUGAAAUCAUGACUACACCUAUAUCAAACCUAUUGUUAUCCGUGGCUUAUGAAUAAUUAACAUAAAUUUGUGUUAAUAAUAAUGAAUGUUAUAAGGAAAAAAAAUUACUAUUGUUAUUAUUAUUAUUAGAAUUAUUAUUGAUUAUUAAUUAACAUAAUGUUGUCAUGAAAAAUAAAAUAAGAACCGUAAAUGUGUAUACGAAACAA